UCCUUCCGCACCGGGAUGCGGCCACGUCCCCCGGCGGGACGAGCUCCGUUCCCGUCGCAGUCGCCGUUGCAGUCGCGUAGGGAGCGGGACAAGAUGGCCGACUCGGCUCUGGAGAUGCUGGGUUUCUUUCUGACGCUCAUCGGGCUGAUCGGGGUGGCAGCCAGCACCGGCAUGCCCAUGUGGAGAGUCACGGCCUUCAUCGGCGAGAACAUCAUCGUGUUCGAGACUCGCUACGAAGGCCUGUGGAUGAACUGCUUCAAGCAGGCCGACAUCAGGAUGCAGUGCAAGGUCUACGACUCCCUGCUGGCCCUGCCCCCGGACCUCCAGGCGGCUCGGGGUCUCAUGUGCUGCUCCCUGGCCCUGGCCGGCCUGGCGCUUCUCAUCAGCCUGGCGGGGCUGCAGUGCACGGCGUGCAUCCGCAACAACGACCGAGCCAAGCGACUGGUGCUCAUCGUGGCCGGGGCCGUGAUCUUCACGGCGUGCAUCUGCGUCCUGAUCCCCGUGUCCUGGACGGCUCACGUCAUCAUCCGCGACUUCUACAACCCUUUGCUGAUCGACGCCCAGCGGAGGGAGCUGGGGGAGGCCCUCUACAUCGGCUGGGUGGCCGGCGCCUUCCUAUUCGCCGGAGGAUGCGUGUUCACUUGCUGCAACGUGCGGUCCGAAGGCAAAGAACCCAGGGGCUACGUCUACUCCGGGAACUCGGACUACAUGGCGUACCCUCCGCAGCCCGUCCGGACUCUGCAGCCUCAGCAACUGGUGCUGCUCCCUCAGGCCCAGGCCCAGCCCAUCCUUUCCAGACACCCCUCCGCCCAGUCCCAGCCGGUCCUUUCCAGACACCCGUCCGCCCAGGCCCAGCCGGUCCUUUCCAGACACCCUUCCAGCAUCUACAGCUACCAGUCCAGCCAAACGUCCAGGUACCCGUCUGUACGCAGCGGGGUGGCGUAUCUCUGAACGCUAACUGAAGCAACCGUGUCGUACAUUUCAUGUCAAGGAACGCAUUUCAGUGAGUAGAUUAUCACGUUACUUUUUUUUUCCUCGUCAAUUUUAUGUGUCGUUCAUUUUCAAAUGAAUGCUCCUGGGUGUCAAACUCAAGGAUCAUGGGCCAGAUCAUGCUCAGCACGUCAUUUUAUGCGGCCCGUAAAGGCAAAUAAAGCGAAUCUACGUCAUGUUUGUGGGAAAAUGGAUUCAUUGUUUUCGCCGUGGCUGAGAAUUUGCAUACCCAGACGCACUUGAAUUGGUUUUAUUUAGAUCCACCAAAUGCCUUCUUAACAAAAACCGGACGACACUCAUUUGUUGUCAGCAAAAACAUAAAACUACAAUCAAAUGCAGGGGCAAUUGUUUUCACAUGUUAAUGCCUUCAAUCUGGCCCAUGCGGAAAAUGAGUCUGACACCCAUGCCGAGCUUCUUUACACUCAAAAACACAUCUUCCUGUAAGCAUUCCAAUGGCAGACAACACAAAGACUGCGCCUGAGAAGUGUUUCUAGUCGCUGCUCUCCCCCCAAAGACCCUUUUGACCUUUUGACAUCAUCUCAUUGCGUGUGAAGCUAUCCGCUGUAGAUGUAUAAACACACCUUCUUCUAAAAUAAAGACAUAAGUGGUUC